CCGGCCACUCUUUAGUUCCUGUAUCAAAGUCAACACCCCCUUCCUCUGAAAUAUCAUGUGAGGCGCAUCCCAUAUCACUUCUUCUUAUUCUGUGUGAUGAUACAAGCUGGCUUAACUCUUCAAUUUUAGAUAUGGACUGCAUCAACACUACACAGAUGGAACCAAAAAACAGCACGAAUGUCAGCAGCGUGUUCACACAUCAGGUUCUGCCUGUGCUCUACACCAUCAUCUGCGCUUGUGCCUUCAUUCUCAACGGACUCGCCGCUUGGAUCUUCUUCAGGGUUCCCACCUCAUCAGCCUUAGUAGUUUACCUAAAAAACAUGGUGGUGGCAGAUGUUCUGAUGUUGUUUACCUACCCGUGGCGUGUAGUGGGCGACCUCGGUUAUGGCGGUUUGCAGUUGAAGCUGAUAGUUUGCCGUUACACAGCUGUGCUUUUCUACCUCAGCAUGUACACAGGAAUAACCUUCAUGAGCCUCAUCAGCUUGGAACGCUAUUUCAAAAUCAUACGCAGUACCUCUGAAGUGUCUUCUUUUCUGCAGCGUGUUUCAGUAGCGAAGGCUCUUGCGCUGCUAACUUGGGGCAUCAUGAUGUUCUUCAUGCUGCCGAAUGCCAUAUUAACCAACCAGCCCAUGCCUAAAGUUUUCUCCUGCAUGGCCCUGAAGAGCGAACUAGGUCGGCGCUGGCACGAAAUUUCAGCCCACUUCAACGUUGGAGUCUUCUGGGUGGCAUUCCUGUUGAUGGUGUUUUGCUACACCUCCAUUGCUUGUCAUGUUUACCGCUCCUACAAACGGGUGCAGCAGGACAGCAGCAUGGCGAGACAGCGGUCAAAUCGAAGCAUCUUUAGCUUGCUGGCUGUUUUUGUCUUCUGCUUUGUUCCGUACCACGUUUGUCGCGUGCCCUACACGCUUAGCCAAAGCCACAAGGAUGACUUUAGUGCCUUCAACCGCUUCAUUCUCUUCCAAUUAAAAGAAGCUACACUCUUCCUGUCUGCCCUCAAUGUGUGUCUGGAUCCUAUCAUCUACUUUUUCAUGUGCAGGACAUUCAGAGAGUCACUUUUGCAGAAGAUGUCAUCUGUAAACCACGAAAACAGGCGGCCUUCAAUAGGCACUGGGCUCAGUAUCAGCAAUCUGUAAUGAUCGAGCAAAAAAGCAAAACGAGCAUUAGUCAUUUGCAAGAUGGAAAAUAUAUUUUGAUUUGAAACCACAUACCUAGCUGUGGUUUUCUUGCAUGUGAAAACGCAGCA